UAAGUGAAUUUAAUUUUUUUUAAGAUAAUUAAUCAUGGGAAACCGAGUUUACUUAGAAUCUUUUACUAAGCCGGCAAAUUACUAUAAAUUUAAUGUACUGGAUAUAUCCCUCGAGUCAUUGGUGUCUUAUAGCAUCUUUAAAUUUUGUAAACCUUGUGAACUUGAUGUAGUGUUUAUUUUCAAAGAAGCAGUUGCCGAAAACUCCGCGCCAGUGUUUAAAUUAAAUGAUGUAGAUCUAAAGGUUCUGGAUACAGAAGACGUACCUUGGCAAGUUUUGUCGUGUAAUUUCCCAGUAUUGAAAAGCGAAGAUACUGUCGUAUCAGGACUUUGUGGUGUGGCUAGAUAUAUUUGCAAACACAGAUCUACAAAAAAAUUGUGCGAAGAGCAUGAUGAGGGAUUGCUUAGUUUUCGAAAAGGUUGCUUGCAAGCGCCAAAUGAAGUAUCCAUUUGGACUAAAUUUUGCGAAGUAGACAUCAUAAGGACUGUAAAAGAUAUAAUAACAACCGAACACAUGAAUGAAGUGCCCAUAAAUUUAAUUCGAUUUGAAAAUCAUCUUAAUAAACCUGUUAGGGUACACAAUGUAUAUAGAUUAGCGAGGGAAUUGAAAAAAGUAAAUCUAAAUAUAACUGAUAAGAAAACAGAACAUUCAAACAGUUCAAAUGAGCUAUCAGACAAAGAAAGACCUUCUAAACCCAGAAAAUGGAAGUCAAACUGCAGAAAAGCACUUGAAAUAGAUUGCACAACUAAAAUAGAGGAUUUAAAUAUAAGUCACAAGUUUGCUGAAGGACCUUUCUUUACAUUAGCUGACCUAAUUUUAUUCACAUGUUAUAGAAUUAUGUUUCAAAGAUUAGGAUCUAAUUUUUUCGAAUCUCUACUCCCUUUGACAUAUAAUUGGUAUAUUGAUAUAAUAAGUAUACCAGAUGUAAAAGAUAUUUUAGAUAUAAUGCCACAGUUUUCAUCAAAACCAAUGAAUUUAGAAAGUGUAAGCAUACCCUCAGUUGAUGAUGUCAGCCUCUAUAAAUCAGAUCCAAAGAGACACAACCCUAAAAAGAGAUUGUUCACUAAAGAACUGGAUAUAGAAAAUGCUUUAAGUGCACUCAAGAUUGGCAUGGAGCUUUCUGUUAGCAGUAAUCAAUAUGAAUCAAGUAUAACAUGGAUUGAUAUACCUGAUGGUGCAAAUCCAUUUGCUGGACAUUUACCAGAUGUAAGAAUUAUGAGAAAAUCUCAACAACUGGAAAAUCUCGCUCAAGCUGUCUUAAAAAUAGCUCAAAAAGGAGAUUUGAUUGUAGAUUUUUGCAGCGGCAGUGGACAUUUAGGUAUACUUCUUGCACAUUUGUUACCUAAUUGCACAAUUAUACUACUUGAAAAUAAAGAACAAUCAUUGCUAAGAGCAAGAGAAAGAGUGCAUGAAAUGUGUUUGAAAAAUGUUUAUUUCUUCCAAUGUAAUUUGGACUUUUUUGUUGGGAAGUUCAACAUCGGAGUUGCCUUACAUGCUUGUGGAGUGGCCAGUGAUUUAGUUUUGGACAAAUGUUUGAAGGCCAAUGCAAAGUUUGUACUCUGUCCAUGUUGCUAUGGAUCAGUUCAUGUUACUGAUAGACUAGUGUAUCCUAGGAGUGCUACAUUUAAUACUCUAAAUACAGACCAAUACUUGUGUAUUGGCCAUGCCGCUGACCAAACUCACAAAGAUCAUCAUUUGACAGAAAGAGGAGCAAGAUGUAUGGGCAUCAUUGAUUCAGACCGUGCCAGACUUGCAGAAGAACAUGGUUAUAGUGUUACAUUGUCAAGACUCACACCUUUAUCUUGUACCCCAAAGAACAAUUUACUAAUUGGUGUUCCAUCUUAGAAACAAAUAAAAAGUUUUUUU